AUGGUAAGAGGGACAAAUCAAAACAUAAUGAUUUGGGUAGUAUUUAAUAGAAACCAAGCUUAUUUUAAAUAGAAUAAGAUAGUAAUAAUGAGAAAGAAGAUUAAAAAAUUUACCCAAAUUUGAGAUGGAAUAAUUUUGAAAAAUUAUCUGUUAUUAAAUGAAAGUUCAAUUCUAAGCACAUAAGGAUUGGACAAUUUUUUGUAAUAGAAAUUGAGUAGAAAAUGUUCAAAAGAUAAGUAGGUGUCAACAAAAAUAUCUGAUUUGAGAGGAAUUUAUUAAUCCGACUUGUAAUCCAAGAUUGCUUUUAUAAAAUCUAUC